AUGCCCCCUUCCCCGCCCAAGCUUCCCUUCAUAGGCAACUUCCAUCAACUCGGCUCGCUCCCUCACCGCUCCCUCCACGCCCUGUCGCACAAGCAUGGCCCCCUCAUGCUGCUGCACUUGGGUCAGGUGCCAACCCUCGUGGUCUCGUCGCCGGAUGGCGCCCGAGAUGUCAUGCGCAACCACGAUCAAGUCUUUGCCAGCCGGCCUGCUCUCAAGCCCGCCAAAGUCCUCCUAAACGAGUGCAAGGACUUGGGCUUCGCGCCCUACGGUGAGCACUGGAGGCAGCUCAGGAAGAUCUGCGUCGUCCACCUCUUGAGCUCCACAAGAGUGCAGUCUUAUCGGCUCAUCAGGGAGGAGGAGGUGGGUUUCAUGAUCCGGAAGAUCUCCUCUCAAGCUUCCCCAACGACGAUGAGCGUCGACAUGUCGGAGAUCUUGUACUCCCUCUUCAACGAUAUCCUAUGUCGAGUUGUUUCGGGGAAGUUCACCAGAGAAGAGGGGAGGAACGUGCGGUUCCACGAGCUGAUUGUUGAGAUUUGA